GAAAAAAAAAAAAAAAAGAAAUGAUAAUGGAAAUCAGAUCACGGAUUUGACUAUAUAAACUCUGGGUGGAGCUUUGAGAAUCCACAGUUCCUCACAUAACUUUCUGUUUGAAGGUGCAUUUUUCUUUCAUCCCUCAGGUUUCAGCAUGUUCGUGGCUUUCCUGUUGGCUUCCUUAGCUGUUCUUAGCAGUGGAACUCCAGCUGUUCUUAGGCCCGCGUUUUACAGUCAACCUGCUCCUGUAAUCGUGCCAGUACGAUAUACGGCACCAGUGGUUUUGAAAGAAUCACCGAAACCCUACAGCUUCGGCUACGUAGCUCCAGCAAGUGGAGGAGGAAGUUCUCGCCAAGAGACGUCCGAUGGCAAUGGCCGGGUGACAGGAUCUUACACUGUGACGGAUGCGGAUGGACGCGUGCGAGUAGUGGACUACUAUGCCGAUGAGACUGGAUUCCACGCUAAUGUGAAAACAAAUGAGCCUGGAACUGCUAACCAAGAUUCUGCUGACGUUUCUGUGCAGUCAUAUGCUAACACGGCACAUUCAGUUGCUGCUGCUCCUGUUGUUGUGGAAGAGAAAGCCAUUGCACCAGCGCCUCUGGUAGCAGCUCCUCGUGUUUAUGCAGUCGCGGCACCACCUGUGAGGACAAUCACUAGACGGGUCGUGUCUCCUCUUCCGGUAACUUAUGCUGCAGUGCCAACUUACCGCACUGUGCGGUACACACCAGUAUCUCGUACGUAUGGAGUCUACAAUAAUGGCUAUAUUACUCACUCGCACCCCACUCAUUACACUGCUUUCCCACCUUUUCCAGGAUCAGCAAUCUUGAAAUAGACUACUUCUUCGCAUGGAUGAAUGAUAUGGAAUAUGGAACUGAUCUAUAGCGAAAGCUAAAAAGAAUAUUUAGGACAAUAAAUCAAGCAUCAUGUAGAUAGAUGUCGGAUUCACCAAGGAAUAUGUAACCAUUUCAAUUAUACCUUUUCGGGGGGGAAUAUAGAGAGUGUUUAAAAAUAAAUGUUUCCUAUUUUAGCUUUAUAAAUAAAACUGCAAAAUCUGUAUAGUA